UUCUUUUCCAUGUUUUAAAAGCUGAAAAGUAAGAAAGAUUCAUCACUUUCUACAGAAAUGGAGAGUCACAGGCAUGGCGUUGAUAGUUGGCCGACCAGCCCGGAAUCUGAUGGCCAAGAGCAAAAUUUCCAUAGCUUGCAGCGUGAAACUCCACAACCAGUUCCUUUCCCUUCAAAUAGUCAUCAUCCACCUGAGGCCACUGUGAACCCAGUGGCUAACUCUUCUGAUUCUUUUCAACCAAAGAUGCAGCUGCCCUCGCCGCCGGGGAGGCGGCAGAGGAUGGCACAGAUCGGACGACCUUGGACGUCCACAAUCUAUGAUUGUGGAUUGGAUGGAACAAAUGCCACCAUGACAGCCUUAUGCCCCUGUGUAACCUUUGGCCAUAUUGCUGAAAUUGUCGACGAGGGCCAAACCAUUUGA